AUGGCCAAUUAUACGCGCUCACCCCCUCACUAUCCCGAGACCUUGACUUCCUACGGCGACACGAGCUCGCACUAUCCUCCGACCGAGCCCUUGACCGAUCCAACGCACGUCAACCAUGGGCCUAUCUCGCCUCUUUCACCCGGAGAACCGACUCCCAACCCUCAUGAUCAGAAUGCCAACGAUGAUUUCUAUAAUCGCCACAUGUCCUCUGGGACUGACGUUGACGAGGUGUACAAUCCAUACUCUGACGAACCGGCGAAGCCUGGAUACUCGGACGCAUCGUUGGUGCACAAUGCCGCGGGGUUCAGUGGCGUGAAGGAUUACAGGGAUCCAGAGUAUAUUGCCCCCGCAGAUCAUCCUGGCGAGUCUGCGCCUCUGGUGAAGGAUAUGGGUGCCGUCGCUAGCGUAUCUCCUUGGCGGCGCUUACUAGGAGGCGGCCGAUACCCCCUCGAGCAACGGAUCGAUCAGAAACGACGAGGCAUAGGCAGGCAAAGAUACCCCUUUGUUUCUUGGGUUCUCACAGUCGUUAUGGUUGCCGUAUUCAUCUACGAGUUGGUCGUCAACUCUCAACAGCAAGGAACGCCAGUAUCCUUCCAUCCUGUGGUCAACCCUAUGCUUGGUCCGUCUUCCAGCGCGUUAAUCAAUGUCGGCGCUCGCUUCCCGCCUUGUAUGAAAGACGUCACUACAGUACCGAUCUCGACACAGUUCCCUUGUAUGAACGACACGGCGAAUCCACCAGAUCGUAUCUGUACCUUUGAAUCCUUGUGUGGCUUCGGCGGAGUUGCUGCAAACGAAACGCCCGAUCAGUGGUGGCGAUUCAUCACGCCUAUCUUUCUGCAUGCCGGUUUUGUGCAUAUCUUGUUGAACCUGCUGGCACAGUUGACUGCGGGCGCUCAGGUCGAAAAGGAGAUGGGUUCAGCAGGCUUCUUCCUGCUCUACUUCGCCGCCGGAAUAUUUGGUAAUGUCCUUGGCGGAAACUUCAGCUUGGUCGGUGUACCGUCUGUCGGCGCUAGUGGCGCUAUCUUUGGAACCGUCGCCGUUGCCUGGGUAGACUUGCUCGCCCAUUGGCGCGUCGUCUACCAGCCGGGACGUAGGCUUGUGUUCCUAGUUAUCGAACUUGUCCUUGGUAUUGCCGUCGGGUUUAUACCCUACGUCGAUAACUUCGCUCAUCUCGGAGGUCUUCUGAUGGGGCUCCUUUUCGGCAUGAUGCUGUAUCCCAUCAUCAGCCAGACUCCGCGGCAUAAGCUCAUCGUUUGGGUCUUGCGUAUCGCUGCAAUCCCGCUCGCGAUUGUCUUGUUCGUAGUCCUCAUUCGCAAUUUCUAUAAAUCGGAUCCAUACGCUGCCUGCUCCUGGUGUCGUUACCUGUCCUGCAUCCCCACUAGCGCGAACAAUCAAUGCAAGGGCACCGGCCUAUCCUAUACUACUACCACAAGUACGAACACGUGA